AUGACUGAUACGGAUGAUGCAUUGGGAGAUAAUGAAUCGCAGCCUUUGCUUCGUCCUGGCAGGCCUAGGCAAAACUCUGUAACGUCUAUUCUGGCGCGCGGCAGAAGUAACACGAUUAGCGGGCUGAAAACCGGGUACGAUACUGUGAAGAGACAUCGAGUACAGUUCAUGUACGCUCUGAUGGCGUCAGUGCUACUAUAUGUAGGCUUCACGCUCGCUUUUUUGCCCAGAACCUCGCUUUCUCGAGAUUUUCGACGUCUUCAUUUCGGCAAGCUGACCCACGCCGAGACAUAUCGGAUAUUUCUGGAGAGUUUGCAAGGAGAAAACCAUGCGCAGCAGCAUUUGAGAGCUUACACAUCCGAGAGGCAUCUCGCAGGUGAUGAGAACGCCUUGAAGUAUACCGUGGACCAGCUAAAGAAGCUUGGCUUCUCACCAAAGCUUGAGAAAUACUAUCCAUGGCUGAAUACACCUGUAGAUGCGGGUAUGUCGUUGUGGAUUAACGACGAAAUGACGUUUGAGUCGAACAUGAUCGAGGACUUUUUGAAGGAGGAUCCUUCUAGUUCCGGCCCAAACCCGGUGCCAGCGUUUCACGGUUAUUCGGCCAAUGGUGAUAUCACAGCCAGAUUUGUGUAUUGCAACUAUGGGAAAUUAGAAGACUACGAGUAUUUGAAAAGCAGAGGAGUAGACCUGGAGGGCCACAUACAUGUUAUUCGGUAUGACACAAUGUUCCGCGGGCUUAAAGUGAAAAACGCUGAAUCCAACGGUGCGUCAGCAGUAAUUUUGUACACCGACACAUUCGAUGAUGGAAAUGUUACAGAAUCUAACGGCUUCAAGGCAUACCCAUUCGGACCAGCCCGUAACCCCAGCGGAUUUCAACGAGGGUCGGUUGAAUACUUCACUGAAUCCCCCGGCGAUCCCACAACACCGGGAUUCGCAUCGAAAUCCCCGAAUACUAAAAGAAUGUCUCCUUUGGGAAGGGUGCCAGGUAUUCCCUCCAUACCCAUGAGUCAGCGGGAUAUCGGUAAAAUUCUACCCCACUUGAAUAGUCGAGGUUGUGCCUUCGAUGUUCAAGGUAACGUCGAAGGUUUUGAAUAUUAUAGCGGGCCAUCUGAUGAACAGGUAAAGGUUAGAGUCUUUAACAAACAAGACUAUGGUGUUAAGGAAAUAACUGACGUCUUUGUUGAAAUUCCCGGUAUUUUGCACGGUAGCACCAUCAUUAUUGGCAACCAUAGAGACUCCUGGACUGUGGGCGGUGCGGGCGAUCCUAAUAGCGGGAGCAGUGUCUUGUUGGAAGUUGCUCGCGGUCUGAGCGAAUUGGUGAAAAAAGGCUGGAAACCUUUAAGGACUAUUCAAUUAGUCAGUUGGGAUGGCGAAGAGCCUGCAAUGUUGGGUUCUACAGAGUAUGGGGAAAAUUACGCUGCAAAACUCCAAAGACAGGUUCUAGCUUACUUUAACCUAGAUACUACGAUUGCAGGUUCUCAGUUCAAGUGUGAAUCCAAUCCCCUGCUGGCGCAACUUCUAAUAGAAUCCGCCUCUUUGACCCGGUUUGCUGGCAACCCGGGGCAAUCACUGCUGGAUGUUUGGAAUGAUCAGUCAAAUGCACAGAUUGGUAUCUUAGGAUCUGGUACGGAUUUUGCUGUUUUCCAAAAUCAUUUAGGAAUUCCGUCGGCGAACUUCAAGUUCGUUGCUGACAGGAAACACGAUGCGGUCUAUCAAUAUCAUACUAACUACGAUACUUACACCUGGAUGGAGAAAUUCGUGGACCCCGAUUAUCAUUUACACAACACUAUGGCUAUUUUCACGGGAAUGUCUGCAUUGACAUUGAGUGAAAACGAAUUGGUAGCUUUCCAAUCCCAUGAUUAUGUUAAACAAAUACAGUACAACUAUGCCAAGUGGCACGGGCUGUUGAAUCAAACCUUCAGGGCUGGAGUUUACCUUCGUGAUUCAUACAUUCAAGAAAAGGCUCAAGAUCUUUCUCAGCUCAUUGCCCACGUUGAAGGCAAAGUAAGUCCCAAGUUCGAUUCGGAGACCGCCGCACUUCGCAAGCUAGUGACCAGAGACUACCCGUGGUACAAAUUUCCUAAGAAAAUAGCCAUCUACUUCAAGUUGUCGGCCACCAACUCUAAAUUGAAACAACUCGAUCGUUUGUUUGUCACGGAUAGAGGUCUAAAAGACCGUGGUUGGAUGAAACAUUCAAUUUUCGGGCCGGACAAGCAGCUGGGCUAUCUUGGGGACGUCUUACCAGGGUUGCACGAGGCUGUUUCGGAUGGGAAUGUUCAAGAAACCCUGGAAUGGCUACAUAUUCUAACCAAGCAAAUGAAAUUGGUACAGGAGCUACUUGAGACGUAA